UAGACGCUGAAGCACGUGUGUGUCAUAAAAAGCUGAUUAAAAGUUUCUUUCAAUUUCAGUAUAAAAGUAUAUCAACAUUCCUAUCAACAUGGUUAAAGUACCAAAAACAAAGAAAAGGAAAGCAGUAGAAGAACCUACACCUGUAGAGGAGUUGACAAAACUAGAUGCUAAAAGGAUCUCUGAUGAACCCGUAGCAAAAAAGACCAAAUGGGUCAAUAAACAACGUGUUUUGAUCUUUGCGACUCGAGGGAUAAAUCACAAAAACCGUCAUCUGAUGGAAGAUUUAAAAACUCUUAUGCCUCAUUCAAAGCCUGAAGCUAAGAUGGAGCGUACACCAGACUUACGUAUCGUGAAUGAAAUUUGUGAAUCAAAAAAUUGCAACAAAGCAAUUUUAUUUGAAGGCAGGAAAAAGAGAGAUCUGUAUAUGUGGAUGUCAAAUGUGCCAAAAGGUCCAUGUAUCAAGUUUCUUGUAGAAAACAUCUAUACAAUGAGUGAAUUGAAAAUGACUGGUAAUUGCUUAAAAGGCUCCAGGCCAUUGUUAUCGUUUGAUGAAGUUUUCACUACUUUGCCUCACUUGCAAUUAAUGAAGGAAUUAUUAUCACAAAUCUUUGGAGUUCCUAAUUAUCAUCCAAAGAGUCAACCUUUCUUUGACAAAGUGUAUACGUUUUCUUAUAUGGAUAACCGAAUUUGGUUCAGAAAUUUCCAAAUCAUCUCAGAAGAAGGUGAACUUGCAGAAAUAGGGCCACGAUUUGUGCUCAAUCCAGUUAAAAUAUUCAAUGAAAGUUUUGGUGGUGAUACUCUGUGGGAUAAUCCUCAUUAUAUAUCCCCAGCUAAGUUACGUCAAGCCUUUAACAAACAAGCAGGAAACAAAUAUAUGAAUAGAAUAGAACAAAGAAUUGCUGCUAAAGUUAGUAAACCAGAGGUGUCAUAUCCAGUUGAUCUAAUAGAUGAUAUAUUCAAAGAGAACGUAGACUAAAAAUUCACACGGACGAUGAAAAGUUGUAUAAUAGAACAAUAUCAUUUUAGAUAAUAAAAUUUUGUAAUUAAUAGGUAUUGAAAUUUACCUUCUGUAUAAUGAAAAAUACUAAUUCACCAAUGAAAAAUAAAU